UAUUUUUCUUCUCGGACUUUCAUUCGCAAAUUCCAGCUUUAUUUCUUCUUGCAUUCUUUUAAUCCUGUUCUGAACAACCUGAAGAGACAAGACAAGACAAGACAAGACACGUCGGUCGCUGCUUGGUGAGUGGUGAACGAACGGGUUAGUCUAGUGACGGAAGAAGUCCAACAAAAAUUAUUUUUGCUUUUUGAAGUUGUUUUUUGUUGAAUUCUGAGUGAAAUUAUCACUUACCUCACCUCACCAACAACUUCUUUUCUCUUUCUCUGCAUCUUUUACAUCACAUCGCCAUCUCCAAUUCCCUAACUAUACUAGAGAGAGGUAUCUACUGCAAAGGUCCUGCCUGUCCUAUUGUUUGACGGCCCGCCCGCUGCAACGCAACGUACCCCAACUCAACCUACCGAACGUAACCGCCCGCAACGCAACGCAACGCAACGCACCCCUACUCGCGCCGUUCGUUCCGUUCCGUUCCGUUUCGUUGAAGGUCUGCCUGCAGCAGCUACCUAGGUAUCUACCUCUACAGAUACAGAUACAGCAGGGGACACGACACGACACGACAUGACAUGACAAGAUGUCACCCCUCACAUCACCCCUCACAUCAACCCUCACAUCAACACCACCACCACCACCACCAGACGCCACAAUCAACCUCGCAACCCACUACCUAACCACCUACCGCUCCAUCUUCUACCACGCCCUUUACUACUACGACGACACUACCCCCACCAAAGUCCAACCGUUCCUCGUCCCCUUUUGCCUCGUCGGCGCCUUUGUUUUACCCAUUGCGUUUCUCUGCAUCCCGCAGUACUCCGUCGUCACCACUACAACCACCGGAGGAGCCAACGGGGAGGAGAAAACCCAACAACAAGUGAGGGUACGAAGGGAAUGGGUCCAUUGGCUGCGAUGGGUCGUGGGUGCGGUUAUCGUUUGGUGGAAUCUGGGGGUGGUGGUUGGGUUACCUGGUUUUGGCGGGCUGGGACUUGGGUUUGGGGCAGCGGAGGGAGGUGAAGGGGGAUGGUUUAGUCCGGGAAGAACAACGACGACGGCAAGCGCUUGUACGGCUUUGUCGUAUGCGGCGGGACUGAUGGGUGGGUGGGGAACGAUUUGGGGGUUGGAGACGGUGGUGUUUGGGGGGUAUCAGGGUGUGGCGAUGAGGGUGAGGAGGAGGAGGUUGGAGAAUGGUCGUGGUGGUGAUGGUCGUGGUGGUGGACAGGCAACUCAGACUCAGACUCAGGCUCAGGAGGGAGAGAAGGGUGGGAUUGUGAAUGGGAAUUUGAACACGGGAACGAACGGCAAUGGAAACGGCAACCCUGAUACAGCGGACUUGCGACGGAGGAAUCUCAACGGGAGUGGCAAGGCUGCUUCAUCGGCUUUUAGAACUACCGAGUCUACUGAUGAGACGCAAAGUCCAGGCGAAAAUGAACACAAGGAAAAGGGAAAGAGAUGGACAGUAGACGAAACGAUCGACUUCGACAAGUACGAGUACUACUGGGAGCCGUACCCGGACAACGGCACCAUUUGGGAGAGACUCGAUUGGGUCAUGGACAUGUUUAAUUCCUUCCGGGGAGCCGGCUGGAACUACUCCAUCUCAUCCAUCCCCUCUCUCCAACCGCCCGUUAUCCCCCCUUUGCCAGAAUCCACCACCACCACCCCCUCCUCCUCCUCCUCCUCCUCCUCCUCCUCUUCUUCUCAUGUGGAAAUCCUCCCCUACUUCCCAACCGGCCUCCCCGUCUCCUUCGCCAACCUCCCCGUCUCAUCCCACCAACACUUCCACCGCCCCCUCACCGCCCGCUCCUUCCUCCUCUCUCGUCUCCAGCCCAUGCUCUGGUCCUACCUCGCCCUCGACUUCUUUUCCAUCUCUGCCCGCCUCGACCCCUACUUCGUCAUUGGCCCCAACGGUCCCCUCCGUCAUCCAACCUACCUCUCCUCUCUCGCCUCCUCUUCUUCUUCCUCCCCAUCGGUCCACCUCCCACCUCUAUCCCUCGCCUGCGCCAAGUUCUUGGCAAGCCUCCCGCCCUGGGGCCUCAACUUCUUCCGAAGCUUCUUUUCUUUAAGCGGCAUUUUGGGUGGGCUGUUUCUCUACAGCUACCUCUGGCAACUAACCCAGUUUUUCGUCUUGGGGCGCUGGCUAAGACUGGAAACCCACGGGAUGGGGAUCCUGGAUGAGUUGUGGCGGUAUCCCGAUUUGUUCGGGGGGUUUGUGCGGAAUGUUUUGGAUCGAGGCUUAGCGGGCUUUUGGGGCGGGUGGUGGCAUCAGAGUUUCCGAGUGGGGUUUACGGGCCCGGUUAGGUACCUCGUCAAGCAGGGAAUUCUUGGAAAGGAAGGAAAGGGAAACAAAAAGGUGGUAAUGACGGUGGUACAAAUGGCCACCGCCUUCCUCCUAAGCGGCUUCCUGCACGCCCUCGGCGGCUAUUCAUCCACCGCCUUCCGCAUUUCUUCUUCUGAGAGGGAAGAUCUCCUAACAGGCGACAAACAAAACAGACUGGUUGCCUUUCUUGAACCCGUCGGUUUUUUUGUCUUUCAGUUCUUGGGGUGUCUGGUCCAAGCUCUCCUCAUCGCCAUUAUCAACAACAACAAUAGAGUCACCUCUACUACUCGAGAGAUGCCCAAGUGGUUGAAAAGAACAGGCAACGGCCUUUUCGUGCUGCUGUGGCUGCAUUCAACUAGAUGGAUGUUGAUUGACGAUAUGGCAAGGUCGGGAUUAUUCCUGUAUGAACCGGUGCCCAUUUCGGUGUUUAGGUUGUUGGGGCUGGGAGGGAUGCCGGGUGAGGGAAGGUGGGAUUGGUGGAGGUUGGAUUGGGAGUAUGUGCCUAGUUUGUGGUGGGGGAAUAGGUGGUGGGAGAAGGGGUUUAGGAUGUGAGGGGAUGAAUGGGGAGGGAUGUGCAAAGGGAAGGAGAAGGGUGGUGGUUGUUACAAAGGGACAUGGGAUACUAAGGUCUGGAAAAAUGAAGAAUGAAAGAGUUGGAUAUCAAUGGAAAGCAUGGCGUUCGAAAGAAAAUCGAAAGAGGAAAAUAGGGAUAGAAAGUAUUCAUAGAUGGACAUGGCAUCGAUAAGCUAUAGACAUAGAAAGACAUCAUCGCUCUUAAGACUUUUUUGCAC